UGGGCUUAUUGUGUGCAAACAUCAGUCCUCCUCCUGGGGCUGUAGGGGUUCGUUUCGGGGUGUUGUCGUCGAGGUAAGGAUAAAACUAUUGUGAUCGUAGUAGCUGUAGCUGUGGUGCUGUGUCCAGUGUAGUGUAGAUGGUCUCGGAAAGCAGGUGGAGAGGGCAGGCAUCAAGACGUCAGGUGAAUUUAUGCUCGGGACUAUAAUAGCUGGUUGUUUAUCAUAUACAGCGGUGGUGUUUCAACGAGGUUGCUAGGCAGGGCGGCGGGUGCGCCGGUGAGCCAGGGAUGUCGACGGAUUGGAGGUGAGUAAAGAACGGGGGAGGGCGGAAAAGGGCGAGAAAAGGGCUGGUCGAAGCACCUAGAGUUGCAGACUGGAGCUGUGAACAACAGAGAUGCACCGAGAUUUCGGCCCUGCCAUUGGACCACGCAAUGUGACAAACAACGGGGGUUCCCCAGGCGACCAUCCACUUUCGGCAAGCGCUAGAACCUGGAAGAUGCCGCGACCAAGAGUGCGUGCAGCCAGUACGUACCUGGUUCAAGGUUGGCGAUUGGCGGCUGAAAGUUUAGAAACAAAAACCACGCGAAACAGGGAUUUCCUAGAAGCCUUUGCCUGCUGUCAAGAAAAUAUGAUGCGAAUGGCUUCAGGGCGCCAGACAGAAGUGGCCGACUUGGCCUGCAGUGGACACAUCUGUCAUUGCCCAACAGCAGUCCACGGUUGCAGAGAUGUAAGAGAGCACAUGCUGGUGCUACUGCAUGUUGGCAAGCAAACACCGACAACCGGGCUCUCCCGCCUCCCCGCACCACUUAUUCCCGACUGAGGUGGUGUUGGAAUCUGGAUUCUUCAGUAGCUUUGUUUCUUGGAGCCCAGCUUCUGCCCAAUCCGCACUGAUGACACUCUCUACCUUGAAUACCUCAUCGGAACCGCCAGUCUAGUGUACAUACAUGAAGCUUCUCUUCUGACGUUAGCUCUACCAGGCUUGGCAUCUCUUGCCGUGGCAAAGUCCAGACUGACCGCCCUGGUGGAUGUGGGUGUCAUUGAAGAGACCCGCUUUGCCGAGGCGGGUUGGGACCGUCCAGGAUCAAAUCCAUCGACCUUUGUCAGGUGGAGAGCAGGUAACAGGGUGCCCGUCCUCGGCCGAGUCCCAGGCAUUCUCCCAUAUAUUAUUGACUAAGACGUAUCGAGUCGGUAUGGUGAUAUCUUUUUUUUUCCGCAGUUUGUCAUCCUUAUUCCCAUCCUAGGCCGGUGACAGGCCUUGCGGAUAUCUUACCCGGUCUGUUGUUGAUCGGGCAUGAGGGGUCUCUCCUAGUUUCGUCUUCUUAUUGAUUUAGUUUUGUUGCUGGUACUGUCUUUGAACUAUCCACAACUUCUAGCGAUUAUUAAUUGCCAUGAACUGGAUGCGUUUCCAAUAAUCUCUUGGUUUUUUUCUCGCUCGCCUUUUAAACCCUUCCCCAAGCCUUCGCAAUGAUCCCAAGUUCGCCUGUCCCAGGCAGGUUGCCGGGCACGUCAGCCCCUGAGACUGGGCUGGUCGAUGUUGAGGGAACCACGAGAUCUGGAAAGGAAGAGAUAACAGGGGAAAGUGACUCUUCCGAAGUGAAAGAAUUCAAGGAAGGUGGAUAUGGCUGGAUGGUUGUCUUCUCAGUCGCCCUGGUCAACGCUCAUACAUGGGGCCUAAACUCAUCAUACGCCGUGUUUCUUGCCUAUUACUUGCGCUCUCGAGAUAUCGCUGGCUCUUCACCGCUUGCCUUUGCUUUUGUUGGCGGUCUCUCAAUCUCGAUCUCGCUGCUCGUCUCUCCACUGGUGACAUGGUGUAUAGGGAGGUUUGGAACCAUAUCUACGUUUCGGAUAGGGGUUGUGUUCGAAGCCAUCUCAUUUGUGGGAGCCUCCUUCUCGACUCACAUAUAUCACCUAAUCCUAAGCCAAGGAGUGUGUUUUGGAGUUGGUUUGGGGUUUUGUUUUACAGCAACAGUCGGUGUAGUGCCCCAGUGGUUUGUUAAGCGACGUUCCUUUGCCAACGCUGUGGCGACAUCUGGCUCUGGAUUUGGUGGCCUCACAUACUCCGUGGCAACCAAUGCCAUGAUAACCAACCUGGGGCUGCCAUGGGCUUUCAGAAUCCUCGCCAUUGUGGCGUUUGUGGUCAACGGUGGGUGCAGCUUGAUCCUCCGUGAUCGCAACAAGGCGGUCGGGGCGAAGCAUGUGCCCUUCCAUCUGGAUCUCUUCAAACUACCUGAAUAUUGGCUAUUCUUGGGUUGGGGCUUCUUUUCUCUCAUGAGUUAUGUCAUUGUUGUAUUUUCCAUCACGGACUAUGCUCAACAAGUUGGCUUCAGUGCCAGCCAGGGUUCCCUGGCUGCCGCUAUCUUCAACUUAUCGCAAGGCAUUGGAAGACCUCUCAUUGGACUCGCCAGUGACCAUGUUGGGAGACUCAACGUCGCUGGCCUUGGGACGCUCACCGCCGGCGUGGUUGCUUUCUUCUUGUGGGUCUUCGCCGGGAAGUCGUACCCAGGGUUGAUCAUAUACGCCCUGUUCGGGGCGUUUGCCGGCAUCAUCUGGCCUUGUGUGGCUCCCGUUGGAGCUGAGGUGGUCGGUCUCUCACUACUACCUGCUGCUCUUUCAAUUUAUUGGCUUGUUCUUGUUCUUCCAGCCACCUUCGCCGAAGUGAUUGGUCUGAUGCUGAGAACAUCUGGCGUUGAUGGAUACCUGAAUGUCCAGAUUUUCACGGGGGUCAUGUAUAUUGCCUCUUUCGUGUCCAUCUGGCUUCUGAGGAGUUGGAAACUUCAACAAAUGCAGAUUUUGGGAACAAUGGAUGAUCCGCUGGCGAUCGAGGCGCCCAAUGCUGUCCAGUCGGGGGCAAAAGCAUCUGAAAACGGGCGUCCACGUUCGUACAUCAUGAAUAUGUUUGUUUUCAGGCAUGUAUAGCAAGCAACGAGUACAAAAUAGCUUCAGAAUAAUAGUUGGGAGGUCUGCGAAUACAACCAACGGGCCCUGCGAUGCUACUUAUAGGCCUUCCGAGGUGAUCCGUCGAUGUUAAAAGUUGUCAAUGUCUUCUGACAAA